AAAUGUCUGUGUCACUUCUUUGAAGUGCACUUAUGCGCCGACGGCUCCUAUUUGUCUAUAGGACGCAGCAAUUAAUGCUGUCUUUGACGCAUUUUCACAUUGAAACGUUACCUGUGGAACAAAUCUGUCAAUCAAAGGGGCAAUCCCAUAUAAAUAUCAUCCGUGUGGCGUGAGGGAACAUCACUUGCUUUCCCCUUCGACCUGGUACACAUCUGGAAUAUAGGUCUCCACUACAGCUGCCAUGGGAUCACGGAAUCUCCUUACAAUCUUUGCUCUGAACAUGCUCUGUCAUUUUCAGUUUGUAUCAUCAUGGACAGUGAACAAUUUCCUCAUGACAGGACCAAAGGCUUUUCUUACCUAUACCAGCAGUGUGCAAGUGGGCGCACAGAGUGGAAUACAAGAAUGCAAGUAUCAGUUCGCUUGGGACAGGUGGAACUGUCCAGAGAGCACACUCCAGUUAUCCACGCACAACGGCCUCCGAAGUGCCACAAGGGAAACGUCUUUUGUCCAUGCCAUCAGCGCCGCCGGCGUCAUGUACACGCUCACGAAGAACUGUAGCAUGGGGGACUUCGACAACUGUGGCUGCGAUGACUCCAGGAUUGGUCAGACAGGAGGUAGAGGUUGGAUUUGGGGAGGCUGCAGCGACAACUCGGCGUUUGGCGAGAAGAUCUCCAAACGGUUUGUUGACGCGCUAGAAGGUGGACACGACUCACGCGCAGCAGUCAACCUGCACAAUAACGAGGCGGGCAGAUUGGCAGUCAAGGCAACCAUGAGGAGAGCCUGUAAGUGUCACGGAGUGUCCGGGAGUUGCAGCAUACAAACUUGCUGGAUGCAGCUGGCCGACUUCAGGGAGGUGGGCAACUACCUGAAAAUGAAGUACGAACAUGCUAAAAAGCUGGAAAUGGACAAGAAGCCAGCGAGGGCGGGCAACAGCGCAGACACCAGAGGAGCCAUUGCGCACACAUUUCGGAGCAUCGCUAGAACGGAGCUCGUAUACCUGGAAGAUUCACCAAAUUACUGCUGUAAGAACCAGAGCCUGGGAGUCCAAGGCACUGAGGGGCGGGAGUGCUUGAAGGGUGACAAGAACAUAUCCCAGUGGGAGAGAAAGAGCUGCCGCAGGUUGUGCUAUGAAUGCGGCCUCAGAGUGGUGGAGAAGCGCACUGAGGUCGUCAGCAGCUGCAACUGCAAAUUUCACUGGUGCUGCACAGUCAAGUGCGAAAAGUGCACACAAGUUGUGACUAAGUAUUACUGUGCGCGCAAAGGUGGGAGAAAACAGCACAAUAAAACGAAACAGAGACACCAUGGACGCAGACACUGAUUACAUUAUGGAUAAUGGACUAAUUAGUGUAGCACUGUGAGAAUUUUAAUUUCAUUAUAAGCUGUCACAUCAUCUGAAUCUCUUGUUGCACUUUUAUCUUAUAGACUGGAUUAUGUAUAUGGAUCAAAUUAUUAUUAAGGACUUAACGCUCCAUUCCAAGCACAUAAUAUGAGUUUAGGCCUUGCUGUGUUCUUUCAUUGGGUUGGA